CCGGCAAGUAACCAAACCCUAGUCUUAUCCGAACUAGAAAAGGAUCAGAUAUUGACAAAUUAAUCAUUCACCAAUAACAGCAGAAGAAUAUCCGAAUGCUCCUUCCUUUUACCUGCUCCAGGCCCUCGUCUUCUUCUUCAUUUCUGGAGCCAAAUCCUCAAAAAGCUACGGUUUUUAAUCAAAAUAUGUUGACGAAGCUGAUUCAGUGCCAUUCUUCUUCCUCUAGAUAGGGGUUUCGGCACUCGUUCUCCAAUUUUAGUGGCUUUAGUUUUCUCUCAGCAAAAUAAAGCAUCCGAUUGAAGGCUGUAUUCUUUCCUGAUGAGCAAUCAUUGUAUUGCUAGGUUUUCAACUGUUUGCCAUAAGGCAGUUACACCGCUGCCCUUGAGCAAAAGGUGGAGAAAUGGAAUUAGCAAAUUCUUUUUCACCUGUGCUGUGCCACACGGUUCUGGAAAUCCCUCUAUUAUUGUCCAUUCCUCCUUGCUGGCUGCCAACAGCUCAUCUGAUUUACCUCAACGCUCAGAAGAAUGGUUUGCUCUUCGGAGAAACAAGUUGACCACAAGCACCUUUAGCACUGCCUUGGGUUUUUGGAAAGGAAAACGUCGCUCUGAGCUCUGGCAUGAGAAAGUAUUUUUACCGGAGACACAGGUUGUGGAAUCUUCUAAUAGGUGUGCUAUGGAGUGGGGUGUGCUUAAUGAAGGAACUGCAAUAAACUGCUACAAAAGUAUCACAGGUCGUGAUGUUGGCUCCUUGGGUUUUGCAAUCCAUUCAAAUGAGCAGUUUGAUUGGCUUGGUGCAUCGCCUGAUGGUCUUCUUGGUUGCUUUCCUGGAGGUGGUAUCCUUGAAGUAAAAUGUCCAUACAACAAAGGGAAACCUGAUAUUGCUCUGCCCUGGUCAACCAUGCCAUUCUAUUACAUGCCUCAGGUGCAGGGUCAAAUGGAGAUAAUGGACAGAGAUUGGGUUGAUUUAUACUGCUGGACACCAAAUGGAAGCACGAUAUUCCGUGUACACAGGAAGCACAGCUAUUGGGAGCUAAUACAUGGCAUUUUGCGGGAAUUUUGGUGGGAAAAUGUAAUACCUGCUAGGGAAGCUCUAUUGCUGGGUAGGGAAGAUGAGGCCAAGACUUACGAGCCAGCAUCUACUCACAAGCAGACAGGGCUCGUGAUGCAUCAGAGUAUAAAGUUAGCCAGUGAAGCAAAAUUGUUGUGUAGAGAGAUUGCAGGUCAUAUUGAAUUUUAUAGAUGAAGAACCCGAUAUUGAAACAACAGUAUCUGGCUCCCCCUUUUUCUUCCUAAUUGUCAAACCUCAAACUGCUCCCCAUGCUUUUAUUGACUACUUUGGUUGCAAUUGUGGACCUUCUAUUGAAUCGAAUUUCCUAAUUGAUUAAAAUGGGUUAUUUCAU